AACAACGACCUUGAAUAUUGCGUAGAAAAUAAAUUCAUGAACGUACACCGAAAAUGACUAACAUUUAGCAGAGAACAAACAAAGGUAUCGAACAACACGUUGUUUAAAAUAUAUUGUAUCGGAGAGACCAAAUUAAACUUAAAAACCGUUUAAAAUCCAUCAAAAAGUGUACGUUAGAAAAUACACAACCCACAUUAUAAAUAAGAUCUUCGACGUCAUUUUUUAUUAACUCUUAAGCAAAAACCUACUCGUUUCUUUAUAUUAAUCAAAAAAACAUAAAUGGAGGGAUUUGAUGCGAUAUAUUACGAAGAUGAGGAAGAAAAUCCUGAAGAAGCUGAGCCAGGAGAUGUAGCCACCGUGCCCGAUCCAGUGAUACUUCGUGGAGCUGGAAAUAUGACCGUAUUUGGAUUGAGUAAUCGUUUUAGUACCGAAUUUCCUAGUGGGUUAGUUUCAAGAGUUGCCCCAGAAGAGUUUCAAGAAACCGUCAUGAGGAUAAACAGCGUACUCAAAAAAACAUUACCUGUUAAUGUCAAAUGGUUGUUUUGUGGCUGCUUAUGUUGCUGUUGUACUUUAGGAUGUUCAUUAUGGCCUGUAAUUUGUUUAAGUAAAAGGACACAGCAUUCGUUAAAUAAACUGUUGGAAUGGGAGAAUAGUUAUUUAUAUCAUAAGUUGGGGUUACACUGGAGACUAUCGAAGCAACACUGUGAUUCGUCAUCUAUGAUGGAGUACGUCAUUCUGAUAGAAUUUUUACCAAAAAUUCCUAUUUAUCGGCCAGAUUAGCGUUAAGAAUAUUAAUAUGAAUAAACAGAAAUCUUUACGCGCUUAAAGAAACUUUGUUAGAAAGCACCGAGUCGUUUUUUUUGUAAAUAUGUGAAAUAUAUGUGAUAAAUAAUGGUAUAUA